UUUUGUUUUUUAAAGUAAACAACCCGCCGUUUUAGGAUUCGGGGGGGGUCGCGUCUUUUUUUCUGUUCAUCGUUAAUUCACCGGUCGGAAAAAAUGAAUUUUAGCCAAAAUCUUAACGGAAACAUCAACCAGAACUAUAACAGUUUAUUCACCACGUCCGGAGGGUACCCGGAGAACAGUAGCAGCGACGAGAACGACUCUGGAUCCGAACACGACGAGGAUAACCUGAGACAGGUCAGUUAUGAAGUCCCGAUGCAUCAGAACAUGAUGAGCCACCAGAACCCCAACAUGUCGGGAAUGGGCAUGGGUAACAUGGGAAUGGGUUUGACCCCAGUACGUAAACGUAGGGGGAAUUUACCGAAACACGCGGUAAAAAUCUUAAAGAGGUGGCUAUACGAGCACCGUUACAACGCUUAUCCCAGCGACGCCGAAAAGUUGACGUUGUCCCAAGAAGCCGGUUUAACCGUGUUACAGGUGUGCAAUUGGUUUAUCAAUGCCAGAAGGAGGAUUUUGCCGGAAAUGAUUAGGAGAGAAGGCCACGACCCGUUGAACUACACGAUCUCCAGAAGGGGAAAGAAAUUGAACGUGGCCAGUAUGGCGGCCGACCAGGGACGUGUCGGUUGGGCCGACGAAUACGAAUAUCCGGGCGCGAAAAGGAUGCGCAUGAACCAAGAGUACGACGACAGCAUGACCCUGUUUUAUCGUUCCGAAGCGGAAGAGGAGUACGAGGAGUCGAGCCACGACGAAGAGGAAAAAUUUAAUGCGACUUGGGCUCCCGGUAGCGCCCCCGUUCAGUACGCCGACGGUCCAUUGACCUCCGAACACAUUUACGUUAAUAAUAAGGCCUAUGAUGAUGGUACUUAUGGGCAACAGCAACAAUUGGUGCAGCCGUCACCGGUACCGAAAGUGCAAGUGGUGCCGGCCAAUCAGAUCGAACCCGAUCCCCUAAUGAGCGAGACGGACGGCGAAGAAAAGGACGGAAAGUUUAAGUGCCUGUAUUUGCUAGUGGAGACCGCCGUCGCCGUCAGACAGAGAGAGAAGGAACAAGAUAUCGCUCCCGUAUUUUUAAAUUGAACGUUUUACUACUUUUGAAUUGUUUAUUAUUUCUCUAAGAAAUAAAGUGUUGUCGUUAAUAAA